AUGGCUGAUUCCACAGCAUCUGAUGCAUCGGUUUCUUCAGCUCCCAUUCCUCCACCUCCUCUUGUUCCUCCCCCCAUUUCCUCCUCUGUUUCAGACCCAUAUUCGAGUCCUUUAUAUCUUCAUGCUGCCGACUCUUCAAACCUGCAACUCGUUCCUGAAAAGUUGCAAGUUCCAAAACCUCCUCCUGAUCAUCCUGAUUCAGGUUUAUGGUCUCGUACUAAUGACAUGGUUUGCACCUGGCUUACCAAUGCUGUUAGUACUGACAUCGCAAGUUUGAUCGUUUAUCUUGACGAUGCACAUCUUGUCUGGGCUAGUCUGGAAAGUCGUUUUAAGCAGAGGAAUGUAUCGAAGGUUUACAACAUCCAACAACAGUUGGAUACUCUCCAUCAAGGAUCGAUGAAUCUCGACACCUAUUUCAACAAACUCACCUCAUUAUGGGAGGAGUUACGCAACUUUGAGCCAUUUCCGAUUUGUACCUGCGGCGGUUGUACCUGUGACGGUUGUACCUGCGGCGGUUGUUCUUGCAAUCUGGCGGAACAAUGGACUCAUCUCUUUGAGAAGAACAACGUCGUUAAGUUCCUGAUGCGCCUAAACGACUCAUACAACGCUGUUCGCCGCCAGAUCCUGAUGCUUGAGCCCUUACCCAACUUGUCGAAGGCCUUUAAUCUUGUUUCCCAGGAAGAGCAGCAACGAAUUUCUUUUGGUUCUUCGAACGAUCAUGCUGCUUUCCAGGGGUACAAGUCUCCUGCUCCUCUUUUACCAACCCCGCAUUUUCCUCCUAACCCACAAUUCCCAAAUUCCCGAAACCCUAACCUUGAUCGUUCUUCGAACCCAAUCAAUAUGCUGGGCUCUAUUGCUAAUCAUCAGGAUCGUUCACUCCCCUCUGCUGAAUCUCUUGAUAUGCGUGCGCAGCUGGCACAAGCGCAGGAGUUGUUGGCUCAGUAUUCCUCCAAGUUGAAGAACCAUGGUUCUUCCUCCAACGAAUUAGGUUUUGCUGCAACCACUUCACCACCUCCAUCCCCAUGUAUCAUUUCUACCGCUAUCCUUUCUACUUCUUCAUCGAACCUUUCCUAUUUACCGAUAUUCUGGAUUCUAGAUAGUGGUGCGAGUUGUCACAUAUGCUGUGACCGAACCUUGUUCUCUGAAAUCCAUGUUGUUCCACCUAUUUCGAUAUCCUUACCAAAUGGCACUUCCAUUACAGUUUCUGAAUCUGGGUCGGACCUUAUUCUGGCCUUGACAAUUGGAGAGGGUAAACAGAUGCAUAAUCUUUAUGUUCUCGAACUUCCGAAGCCCUCCUCUGUCCAUUUUCCACAGUUUUCUCCCUUAUGCACUGCUCUUACGGCAUCUUCUGUUGAUCUUUGGCAUUUUCGCAUGGGUCACCCUUCGCACUUGAAGAUUAAAGCUAUAGACUCUUCUGUUUUAUCGUUUUCACAGUCUUCUACUUCUCAGCAUUGUACUAGUACUCUUCAAUCACCUUCUCAUUCUCCUUCUCCUGUUGCUUCUUCCGCUCCUAUUUCAGCAACUUCUCCUUUAACAUCUCCUUCAUCUGCCCAGAUUCCUUCAUUUUCUCCACCCCCUUGA